AAAGCACUUUGCGGAAAUCCAUAUGUUGUACUGUGGUUACCUUCACGCUGGUGGGUAGCAGAGGGGGGAAAGCGAGAAAAAAAUCGAAGCAAAAAAAGAAUUAAGUGAGAGGUCAAAGGAGCUCAUUUGGAUAAAGUUUCUCCUGUGUCCCGACCAGAGGGAGCUCCGGGAGGUGACGGCAAGUCAAAUUCACCGAAAUAAUGGACGAUUCCCAUUUCAACUCAUCAUACUUUUGGUCUCCCGUCCCCACUGUACAAGGACAGAUCGAGAGUGCCAUGUUCCUGAACAAAACCAAGGAGCAACUCGGCGCAGAGAAGCCCAACGCUCCGUCGUUCCCUCAUCCCUCCGCCCCCUCUCCCCACUACCCCACGGCCGUGCUCGCCGUCCCAGGCUCCGUGGUAGCCAAACAGGAAAGCGGAGGCUCGGCUGCCCCGGGAGGAGGAGGAGCGUCUAUGAGUGUCGUCGGGGGACACGUGCACCAGUCGCACACUUCCCAGAACGUCACUGUUGUGCCUGUUCCCUCCACGGGAAUUAUGACGGCUGCGGGCCUGGUCAUCACAACCCCCCAAGGCACGCUGGUCCCGACCGCCUCCACCCAGUCUUUUGUGGCUGGACCUCAUUCCGCCACCACCAUGAUCGUGUCUGCGGUGCACCCCUCCAACACAGACAAGAAGAGCGACAUAGCGUCCCCUCCACCGACGGUCGGAAAGCGAGGCAGGAAGAGCAAACAGGUGAUGAACAGAGCGAACACCGUCCUCCCUCCGGGAAGUGAUGCGAUAAUAUUAGCACACCUGGCAGCCACAGGACAGCAUCAUUCCACCGACCCUUACGACCUCUCCAACGAUGAGGACGACCAUGCCAACAAGGACGGCCCCAAAUCUUACAGGUGUCGGAUGUGCGCAGUGACGUUCUUCAGCAAGUCCGACAUGCAGAUCCACGCCAAGUCGCACACCGAGGCCAAGCCCCACAAGUGCCCCCACUGCUCCAAGUCCUUUGCCAACUCCAGCUACCUGGCUCAGCACAUCCGCAUCCACAGCGGGGCCAAACCCUACAGCUGCACCUACUGCCAGAAAGCGUUCAGGCAGCUCAGCCACCUGCAGCAGCACACACGCAACCACACUGAGGCCAAGCCCCACAAGUGCCCCCACUGCUCCAAGUCCUUUGCCAACUCCAGCUACCUGGCGCAGCACAUCCGCAUCCACAGCGGGGCCAAACCCUACAGCUGCACCUACUGCCAGAAAACAUUCAGGCAGCUCAGCCACCUGCAGCAGCACACACGGAUACACACUGGUGACCGGCCGUACAAGUGUAACCAUCCCGGAUGUGAGAAAGCUUUCACUCAGCUGUCUAAUCUGCAGUCUCACCGUCGGCAGCACAACAAGGACAAGCCAUACAAGUGCCACAACUGCAACCGUGGCUACACGGACGCCGCCAGCCUGGAGGUGCACCUGUCCACGCACACCGUCAAACACGCCAAGCUCUUCUCCUGCGGCCUCUGCAACCGCUCCUAUACCUCGGAGACGUACCUCAUGAAGCACAUGAGGAAGCACAACCCCGACACGCAGACGGCAGCGGCCCAGCUGGGCUCAGUGGGCGGCGGCCGGGGGGGCCGGGGCCGCGGCAGAGGGCGAGGUGGGGGAGCUCGAGGGGGCCCGCUCCAAGGACAGGCCAACCCGAACAACCAGAACCCCGGCCCCCCCGGCAGCUACCAGCAGGCGGCGGAGGCGGUGAUCCCGUGUCCCUUUGACCUCCACCAGUACAAGACAGUGGCCGCCAGCGAGAUCCAGUACAAGCCCGUCACGGUGGCCGACCUUCCCGUGACCCACAAAGACCUCUGCCUCACCGUCUCCACGUCCGCCAUCCAAGUGGAACACAUGAACUCGUAGGCUGCACCUUCCCAACGCGUGUGAGGUUAAGACCGAUUACGUCUGUGUAAAAAAAGAUAGUAUUUAAAAUGUAGUCUGGAAUAUUCUCCUCCUGGAGUACAAGCGCUGACUUCCAACACACUCCAAGAAGGGCCCGGUCACGUGCAAAGACACGGGUUCAGCGCUUUCAAGUCGUCCUUGGAAGAAGCUUUAAUGCAGAGCGCCGCCUCAACAUCCUGAUCCUGCUCGAGGACCACGUUUCUCCUUCCUGCAGAGACAGGAAGUGGUUUCUAAUCCAACAUGAGGGCGCAGACUUUUUCCCCACGAGAAAGAGCAGGGGCUUUGUCCACAGGAGCACGGAUAUUUUAGGAAGGCGUUUAUUUAUCAUUUAUUCGGGCUUGUUGUCCAUAUGCAAACACUGCUUAUUGGCUCUAAAAAGUUUCCAAAACUGCGGCUCUAGUGUUUGUAUAUGGACGGGUAAAACGGAGCGCUUUGUCUUGUGGUUGUAAGAAGUCCACAACAUUAUCUUUUGUUUUUUAACCUUAUUUAACAACAAAAGUUAUUGACUUCGAUUUACACUCCACUCAAAGAUAACGUCAUUGUACACUGAAUAUAUCACCAUAAAAUUAGGGAUGUUCCGAUCAGGGUUUAUGCUGCGCAUUCCCAUACCAAGCUGCCGCUACAGAUACAUUUUUCAACUGAUUUAUACAGUUGGCCGGGGCCGCCUUCAGACAAUUCCAAGUGAAUCUGGGAAAUAGGUCAUUUUUAAUUGAUUAAUUAAUUUAUUAUGAUUUUUUGCCUUAAUUUUUGCACUUUUGACACAAACCUGAAUUUCAUUUGAUGCGUGUUUUGGAGUAAUAUGAAUACAUGGCAAAUAAAUUGUUAAUUUAUUUUUUAGAAUAAAUCAGAAUAAGAUAAUACACAACUUCAUUAUAAGUACACAUAAUUAGAUUAUAACUACAAGACAUAAUAAAUAAUCACAGCAAAAUUGUUCAUUGAUACUUGAAAAAGUUAGUACGUACCUCAUGAACGUGAUAUCCAUUUUCCCAUGGGACAAAAACAAGCUCCAAACUAACCCUGUUUGCUUUAAAAAUGAAAUGUCACGGUGGGCAAAUGUCACAUUUAGCGUCCCAAUGACCAGACGGGUUGGAUAACGCAAGCUAGCUAGCUGCUUGAGUGGAAAAUUGCUAGAUGGUGAUCGAUGACCAAUUGAUCGAAGCAUUCAUUCAUUUUCUACCGCUUAUCCUCACAAGGGCCGCGGGGGAUGCUGGAGCCUAUCCCAGCUGUAUUAGGGCGAGAGGCGGGGUACACCCUGGACUGGUGGCCAGCCAAUCACAGGGCACAUAUAGACAAACAACCAUUCACACUCACAUUCAUACCUAUGGACAAUUUGGAGUGGCCAGUUAUCUUGGCAUGUUUUUGGAAUGUGGGAGGAAACCGGAGUACCCGGAGAAAACCCACGCAUGCACGGGGAGCACAUGAGAUGACCAAGGGUGGGAUUGAACUCGGGUUUCCUAGCUGUGAGGUCUGCGCGCUAACCACUCGUCCACCGUGCAGCCCUGAUCGGCGCAUCCCUACAUUAAAAAAUUCGAUUUUUUUCUACAAAAAAACACCAGGGUGGGGAAACUACCUUUUUAAAAAAUAUCCGUAUUGGUGUGGACACGGCCUUAAUCCUGCUCUGAGCAGGUACAAAGACCACCAGGCGAUGACGGCGGAGGAUGAGGAGGAGAAUCACAGACUAUUUGACCCCUCACACGGCAAAGGCUGGAGCUGGGACAGUCAAAGUAUUGAAAGCGAGCGCUCGAUGUGUCGGGUGGGGCGGUAAACUAAGCACUUGAUGAAGCUUGUACUUCACCUUCUAUGUUUGUCAUCUGUACUUUUUUAAUAUACCACAUGUACGUAUUUUUCUACCAACAGAGUGUGAGGAAUCGAGCUGGUGUGUGAAUGGGAGAGAGAGAGAGAGAGAGAGAGAGAACUGCCUUUCUGCCCCCCACCCCUUUUUUUUUGGUUACUAACAAAGCGUUAAUGAUCCUCCAAUGAGCAACUCCGGGCCCCCUAUGGAGCAUUGACAGCCAGUUGCUGGAGGAAUAAUGAUUGUAUGAUAAAAUGGCUGACAGGUACUGUUAUUAAUCUUUUUCAUACAUAUUAUUACUUCUUUCAUUUCAACUGCAUUGCAAAUGUUACCCUCCUAGUUAUCGCUCUUUAAAGGCAUUAUUAUGUGGCAGUAUGCUGUACAUAAAAUAGUUUCUGAAAAAGGGAAGCAUGUCUUCAGAAAAGCAUUUUUUUUUUAAAAAAAGCCUCCACCUGAAAAAGUACUUCAAAGGAGCAUAACCAAAAAGUCAGACGAUAGGGGAAAAUAUCGUUAUUUUUAAGUGGUAUUAGUGAUAUUCACUCAAAUGAUGGACUGAAAUCAUCAGCAAUGAUUGAUAUUCAAGGAAAAGUGCACAUUUUUGGGGAUAAUUUUGCCCAUCAUCCACAAUCCUUAGGUGAGACAUGAACACACUAUACGUUCUAAAGAUAUCAAAACAGGUAAAAAGGCAGCCAGUAAUGGGCGUAGUGGAAUGCACAUAUUCAUUCUAUAAAAAAAACCCUCUCAAAAUACAUAAUGUGACCUGCAUAUUAACCAAGCUACAGCAACAUUAAUAUUGUUAUUAUCAUUGUUACACCCAAGAACUACAUUAUCGAUGUAGUGACAUCUUGCCGUACCACACCGGCUAGCGACUAGCGACUAGCUUCCCCACACAGUCACUCCUAAUGCCUCAGUCCGUUAGUGAAAGGAAAUGCUACUCUACAUAUUGACGUGUUUUGUUUUUGAGUUUGGAAGAGCUAACUUUAGAUGUAGCGUUCCUUUCCAUGUUGCAUUAAUGCACCCAGGAAGGAAGUUCCACUAUUGCUUAAAAUUACCAAAAUACAUUUUUAAGUAUUACAUUUUAUCGUGAAUGUGCCUGUUAAUAUAAGCUCACAGCACGGAUAUAAAACCAAAAAAACGUUGUUGGAGGUUUCUUGGAGGGCAUUAUAGUUGAAAUAAGUGUAUCCAAUGGCAUGCAUUUAGCUCCCUCAUGCUAACUGUUUUUCUUCUUUAAAUCCACAGAAAAGAGAAAGAAGUGUUUAAGUCUCUCAUAAGGAUUUGGAUUCCAUAUCAAAUUCCCCCCAAAGUGCACUCUUCCUUAAAAUGUAAAUACAACUCUGUUGCCCCAGGACGCUUUUAGUCCACAAGCUGUGUCGACUCAUGUGGAAGGCUGUUGUGUGUUUUCCUCCAUGUAUCCAUUAUGUCUUGUUAGGGAAUAUUAUUCAUCUCAGACUAGCCAAACCAUGAAUGAGCAGUGCUACUCUGUUGCAUACUCCACGCUCACCUGAUCAGACUGUUUGUUCCUUACGGAGAAUAAAGUUGGCAAACAGGUUUUGUAUGAAAAACUGCAAGCUUUACUUUCUUGUUAUUGUGCUCCUUUUGAGUAGGAUUACCCUCAGAAGUGUGUUGAUUUUGCAGAUAAUUCUCGGAAAAAAAGAAGGGCCUGUAUUUAGCCAUUUUUGUCCCGUUCCGGCUGCUCCCGUUUAGUUUCCUUAAAUUCCAUUUAAAAACAAGUAAUUUCUCCGAUUAAAAUUGUACUGUAGUGAUGUGUGGAUCGAUACUGAAACAUCGAUACUUUCGAUACUAGCUCUCCAUGCACUCAAAUGGGUUGUCAAAUCAAUAUAUCUGAAGUCAUUUUGUGUCAUGUUUGUCUCUCUGAGACGUUUGCUGAAACGAAGACCGAUCGUAAACAGAGUCACGUGUGAAGCUUUUA